UCGGCACAUCUUGAUUCCUUUCUCUGCGCUCCUUCUCCUGCCUCUUUCCCGCGGAUGUUCCCGCCCCCUCGUUAAACGUCUCCGAUCCGAAUCCAGCCCCCGCCAGCCAUAGCAGAACAACCCAGCUCAUGGCGAAGAGCGAUGGCAUCCACUCCCUCAAGCCGGAUUAAGCUUACACCGUCCAAUUCUCCGUUUCUCGUCCGCCCCGCUGCGCGGUCACCCAUCCGAUCGCGGACCCCUUACGAGUCCUGCCUAUCCCUCCAGCGCGUGGUCGGCACCACCUGCAGCUCGCCGACCGGCUUCGACACCGUCCAUUCGUCCUUCGCAUACGUGGCCGGGGGGGCCGUCGUUGUGGUGGAUGUCUCGGGCGAGCACUACUCACAGCGCUUCUACCGCGCGAGGCCCACGGCCGUUCCCCUUCUCGCCGUCUCCCCCGUCACGAACACAUCCUCGACGCCCAUCUCCACGCCGAAAGCGAACGAUAGUAGGAAUAGGGCGGCCGCCUCCCCGAGAGACUCUCUCUAUGGCUCGGCCGACUGGCCCGAUUCGCCCUCCUCGAAGACCUGGACGAGCCGCGAGCGCAUCAAGGCUGCGACCUGCCUGGCCCUCAGUCGAGAUGGACGGUACCUAGCCGUGGGCGAGACGGGCUAUGCCCCGCGGGUCCUCAUUUUCAGCCUCCAAGAUGCCUCCUCCGACACACCUUUAGUGUCCAUCAGCGAGCACUCGUUCGGCGUCAGGGCUGUGGCCUGGUCACCCGACACGAAGUACCUCGCGUCUCUGGGUGCGGCAAACGACGGAUACCUCUACCUAUGGAAGGUCGAUCCCCGGACCGGCGCGGUGAAGCUGUUUCAGCAGAACAGGUGCACCUCGUUCGUCAAGGGGAUGGUGUGGAUGGGGAACAACCUCAUCACGCUCGGCGUCCGCCAUGUGAAGGUUUGGAGGGUCGAAGACGGAUUGGAUCCGUCCCCCACGAAACAGAAGUUUCCCAGCGACGGACAGGUUCCCGCUACGCUGCCGCAGGCACAGAAGCCGCUGCCGGGCAGGAACAUCCUCCUGGGCUCGAUGCUAGAGGCCACCUUCUGCUGCGCGCUUCCAGUGUCGGACGACAAGACCAUAAUUUGCGCCGAGACGGGGGGCGUGUGCCUCCUGGACGACGCCAACAAGCAGAUGAAGCUGGCCAAGGUCUUGGACCUCGGGUUCAGUAUUAGCUGCAUCUCCGGCCGCGGAGAGAACAUCUACAUUGGCGGCAAAGAGGGCGAGUUUGCCAUCAUCAGCCUGGAGAGCAUCCUGGCUGGCUCCCCUGAGCCGGCUGUCCACAGCUCUCGGAUGGUACCCGGCCUUACCACCAUGGGCUUUCUGGCGGAGAACCUCGUGACGAUCGACAGCAAGCGAUCAAUUGAUAUCUGGAGCCCGGACUACGUGCCGGGCACCCCCAAGAAGGACAGCGAACACAUUCCGAUUCCUGGUCUCGGCGCUCCCAUUGUGGGGAUACAAAGACUAUCCGCACCGAAUAAGCUAGGCGCCAGUUUCUUCACCUGGUCGGGGCAAGGCAGGGUGACUCUCUGGGAUCUGGAGGGCAUGAUACGGUCGACGUUUGACAUCCCCAUUGAUCAGGUCGACAUGGGGCCUGAGUCUGACCCGGUCAAUCAAGUCGUUGUGGUGAGAGCUACAAAUGACGGGAGCCUCUUUAUCGCCGGAGACAAGCUAGGCGUUCUCCGGAUUGUCGAGGUCUCCACCGGAGAGUGUCUGCUGGAAACCAAAGCACACUCAUCUAACUGCCAGGAUAUCACAGUCCACGAGGGCAAAUCGCGGUUCCUCGUGGCGUCCUGCGGCAGGGACCGGACGGUUCAGCUUUUCCAUCGCUCGUCCGCAGGCGCGUUUGAGCACUUCCAGACGCUGGAAUUCAGCGCCAAGGUUGUGCAGGUUCUCAUACCCACUGAGGACAAGAUCGUGACGUGUUCGCUCGACCGCACUCUUCAGAUUCACGAUCUGGUGAGCAAGGAGGGUGAACCCGACGUCAUGGCCGCCAUUCCAUUCAAGGUCAUCUCCUUGAAGGCAUCCCCGUCAUCUAUGACGGUUACGCCCGAGGAAAAGACGAUAUUCGUCUCGCUGUUAGAUCGUUCAGUAUGCCAGUUCGACUUUACCACCGGACGGCUCUUGACCUCUUUCAAGUGCAACGACGAAGCCGGGAUCGAUCUGGUCGUCCUCGAAUCCCUCACGUACGGCCAGCUUGGGCCGGGCGAUUUGACAUUCCUCCUCGGCCUCUCCAACACCGACAAGUCCGUGAGAAUCUACGAUACCCAGUCGGGCUGCUUCAUGGACCGCGAAUGGGGCCACACCGAAGCAAUCAACGGCGUCAUCCUGAUUGAAAACGAGGAGAACGGGCGGAAGGUUGUCAGUGUGGGCGAAGACGGCACGAUCAUGAUCUGGGCCUUGGACUUCCAAGAUCCCAGCGCCGGGUCAAGAACCCGCGACCCUUCUCCGGAUAAGACGCCCCAAUCGACUGCCACACGACCGCCCCUGAGGCGCGUCCUCUCCAAAGCGGAACUAGCUGAGUUCCAGCGCCCUUCAUCAUCGUCAGCCACCCCGACCGCCGCAACCAGCACAGCCACCGGCCGCCGCUCAUCGCCGCGCGCCUCCAACCGCCGCGCCUCCAAGUUCCACCUCCCCCUCUCAUCCGUCCGCACCCCCACGGCAGCAGAGAAACAAACUAGCCCCACCAGCGCCGGCGCCAGCGCCAUCAUCGAUGACAACAACACCCCAUCACGCCGUGCCUCCUCCGGCGGCGGCAGCCGCUCAGACGAUAGCCCGCCCCCCUCGAGCCCGAAAACGCGCUCGAAAUUAUACCGCCGUCCCUCCCUCCCCGUCCUCGGCGCCACCCCGUCGCCCUCGGCAGGCAUCGCCAAAUCGCGCAAGAGCUCCAGUUCUUACCAUCACCACCAUCACCAUCACCACCGCUACGCCCGCGGGAGCGGCGGCAGCGGGGGCGGCGGGGGUAGCGGUGGUCAUGGCAACGGUAAUGGACCGCCGGCGUCGUCAUCGUCCUCCUCGUCAGCUUACGGCUUCGGCAGCCUCAGCAUGGCGACGGAGCAGACCUGCCGGCAGCUGCGCGCGUACCGCAAGAAACUUGCGGCGGCGGGCGACGCGGGCGGGGCGGCAAUCAACGGGGAGGUGCUGGCGCAGCUGGAGGCGGAGUUGAGGUUGACGGUCGCUGCGCUGGGCGAGAGGGCGAUGGCAAGUGGGACUGCGACUGGCGCUGGGGGAGAUGGAGGGGUUGGCAAUGGGGGCGGUAGUGGGCGUGGUGCUGUUGAGAACGGCGAUGGGAGUUCGAACAAGGGGAAUGGUGCGGUUAGUGCGGGGAAAGAUCCAGGUGCGGUGGGAAGGAGGAAGGGUAGCCGAGAAGAAGGUAAUCUUGGAGGCGGAGGGGGAGUCAGCGAGACGGUGCUCAGCGGACUGCUUGACCAGUACAGCGAGCGCUUGGUGUCGAUGCUGGACGAGAAGCUGCGGCUGAGGCUGAGCGAGGAGGAGAGGGACGCGCCGGCGAGGGAGCGGCCGAGGACGGCCGGGGAGGCGUCGUCGAGCAGGUCCAGCGACGGUCGAGCGGGGAGCUUGAGCAGCGGGACGGUCUGCGAGGAGCCCGAGAGCAUGUGAUGGCGAAGGCCACACACAACCCCGGCGACUCAUUAAUGCAUGCAUCGGUAAUGGUGGUGCGGUGAUUAUUAUUGUGGCAGCGGUCGCGAGAUACCCUUAUUAUGUCUGUCUUGCUUUUCUUCUCGUUUUCUAUGUACCAUAAUUACUUGCUCAUUCCUCACAGCGCUUCUGGAUCAUCCAUUCCAUUUUGUUUCUCACUCUUCUCCUUCCUCUAUUCUGGCUCUCACUCUUUACUUCCCUUUCUCUUCUCAUCCUCUCUCACUUUUCUCUUCCACCCGCUUCAUUCUCAUUCUCAUUUUCAUUGCUCAUUCGCAUCAUCCUCAUCAUCGUCCUCAUCAUCAUCGGUAUCGUUGGACCGCGGCUCUUUACGGAUCGGAUCGGAUCGGACCGGACCAGCCGCUUCCAUCAUCAGGGCUUGCAAAGAUAUCCAGGGUUCAAGCGUACAUACAAGGCAGGCAGGGCAAGGAGGGCUAAGACUCAGACAGGGUUAGCUUGGCGUUUCUCGGGUCACUCUGGAUCUGGAUUGGGAGGGAGGGAUUCUUUUGGCUCGCUCUCGCGUGCAGCGCAAAACAGAAGACUUAAUUGCGAUUCUUCCUUUCUUGUUUCCCCUCUCUUACCGUGGCGAUUCUCGCUACC